AUGGCAAUAUUAAAUGAUCAUGAUGCUUGUGAAGUAUGGCGUAGUCGUGAUCGUUUAUAUUCUUCAUUAAUAGCUUUAUUUCCAGCUGCAUUAAUUGGUAAACCAAUUACAGUAACAUUAUUAGAUGAAGUACGUAUAACUGGACGUUUAUGUUCAUGUGAUGGAUUAAUGAAUUUACAAUUAGAUAGUGGUGUUAUAAUAAGAAAACCAAAUUCUGACAGACCGAAUGAAUUUACUUAUGUUGAAACAAUAAUGAUAUUUGGUAAACGUAUACGUUAUGUCACUGUGCCGAAGUUAGAUGAUAUUUCGUCAACACUUAUGCAAUGGGAAUCUACGAGUCAAAACGGUAAAAUAUUUAUACCUAGACCAACAAAAUCAUCAAAACCCUUAAAGGAAAAUCAGAUUGAAACUAAUGAGAAUGAAUUGCGCAAAUCAAGCGUAACAAGUGAUCAUUUUAUCGAGAAUAAUGAUGUCGAUAACUCCGAGAAUAUUCCUGUUUUGGAACAAUCUGAUCUAGAACAUUUUGCAUCUAUUGGUGUGAAGCCAACUGGAGAUAAAAAAGUCGAUUUAAUUAUGGCGAAAACAUUAAAAGUACUUAAUAAUCAAUUGUAG